UUGAAAAUCGCACAAUAAAAGUGAAAUCAGUUGAAUAUUUAACUUCGACGACAUCGGUCGUAUAGAAUUUAUUCUUCUUUACGAAACGUUUUGUGGGAAAAACGUUUCAUUAGUUUUGAAUCGUUUUGAAAAUUGAAAGAAGUGAAAAUAAGUGAAAUUUGUGAAAAUCCUUGAAGUGUUUGAUUUAUAAAUUUUAAAUGUUUCGGAAGUGUUUUACAACAGUGGUGCAAAGCACCGUGAGUACAGGACGCCUGACGCCAAAAGCGACAGAAUUUUUAAGGCGUUCUGUACAUAAUGGAACUAUGGGUCGUCCACCAAAAAUUCUAAUUACUGGUGGUUUGGGUCAAUUGGGUAUUGAAUGCGCUAAACUAUUGCGUUCUCAAUAUGGUGACAGCAAUGUCAUUUUAUCUGAUAUUAUUAAACCUAGUCAAGCGGUCGUCGAAAGUGGACCAUAUAUUUUUGCUGAUAUUUUAGAUUUUAAAGGCUUACAAAAGAUUGUUGUCGAUCAUCGUAUCGAUUGGUUGAUACAUUUCUCUGCCUUGUUGAGUGCAGUAGGUGAACAAAAUGUACCGCUGGCGGUAAGAGUCAACAUUGAAGGCGUUCAUAAUGUCAUCGAACUUGCUAAACAAUAUAAUUUACGUAUAUUUGUACCAAGUACUAUUGGUGCCUUUGGUCCCGACAGUCCACGCAAUCCCACACCAAAUGUUACAAUUCAACGUCCUCGUACCAUUUAUGGUGUUUCGAAGGUUCAUGCUGAAUUGAUUGGAGAGUAUUAUUAUCAUAAGUUUGGUUUAGAUUUUAGAUGUCUACGUUUCCCCGGUGUUAUUUCCAGUGAUCCACCAGGUGGUGGCACUACUGAUUAUGCCGUUGCUAUUUUCCAUGAGGCUUUGAGAACUGGCAAAUAUCAGUGUUACCUUAAGCCUGAUACCCGUCUACCCAUGAUGUACAUCGAGGAUUGCUUGAGAGCCCUUCUCGAAUUCAUGCGUGCCCCCUCAGAACAACUUCAACGUCGUGUCUACAAUGUCACUGCCAUGUCGUUUACACCCGAAGAAUUGGUCGAUAAACUUAGCAAAUAUGUACCCAAUUUACAUGUGACCUAUAAGCCUGAUAGUCGUCAAUUGAUUGCUGACUCUUGGCCCCAAGUAUUCGAUGACUCUGAGGCUAGACGUGAUUGGAAUUGGCAACAUAAAUAUGAUUUAGAUAAUUUGGUCGAUUUUAUGGUCAAAGAUGUUCAAGAAAAUUAUAUUAAUGUUGAUAAUCAAGCUGAUCGUGCCUCAGCUGAGAAUUAAUCAAUUCGAAAAAGUUUGAUUAAAGUAUUCAGUUUUGUCGUCGUUUUUUUAUUAUUUUUGUUGAAAACAUUUUCGAAAAGAUUUUUUAAAAGUGCAUUUAAUUGUUAUAAAUUUUUUAGAAUAUUUAAUAUGUAUAGAUUUUUACAUACAUUAAAUAUAUAUUUAUUUUUAUUGAUAA